CUGCAACAAGUGGCAGUGUAAGGUAGAUCGACUUCUUCUUUUGCAAAUCCAUUGAAUCCAAGGGAAAAAGCCCGACACCCAUUUGCACGCAGAGAAGAUGAUGGAUCAGAACCAGAAGAAGAAGGUUGAACAUAACCAAAAACCAUCCGAGGAUAAUGGGGAUAUAAUCACUCACUCCUUUGGAGCGGGGUACGCGACCCGUUCUGAUGAGGAAGGAUUCGGAGGGACCAUAAAUCCCUCCGAAACAUUAAAAAUUGUGGAGAAGGAAGAAAACCAUCCUGAAUUUGACAAAUCCCAAGGAAGUGAAGUGAAGGAGAAGGAAAAAGGAAGGCACCAGCCCCAUUAGAAGACUUCCUUCUAUGAAAGUAAUAAGAGUUCUUGCUAUAUGUGCAUCACAAUAAUCAAUGCCUGAUGCUAUCUCUAUGUGGGUUUUAGUUUGAUAUUACUUGUGAAUAACUUGUUAUUGCCGAGUCACCAUGGAUAAUUAUUCGCCAAAAGAAGAGCUUCAUGUGUUGUUAUUUGGUUUUUCUCUCUCAUUGUGCGCCUGAAAUUUCACUGGUUACACUGUUUUCAAUUUUAUUUCAUUAUUCACAGAUUGAAUUGUGUUUGAAUUUUUAAGUAAUGCAAGCACGCAUGAAGUAAUGGGUUCCAUCCUCA